AUGCUUCCCCGAUGCUUUCUGAGCAAUAAUGCUUCUGCUUCUUCACGUCAAAGGCUGAACAAAACCCCCACUACGAUUCAGCGUUUUCGUUCCGGUGCAUCACACAACGUUCCACAGCAAAAUGAACAGACAGAUCGCUCAAGUGUUUCCACACAUUCAACUCUGACGCGACAACAACUUGAGUUUUGCUGUCUAUUAUGUGGUUGGGAUGUACCAUGCAGCACGUGUCCUUUCAACUGGUUCAACUUUGAUCCUAAGAAGUUUCACACCAAGUACCGACGGCAGUACAGCGACAUGAACCAGUUGGCAGCUACUAAAGCAGAUAUGAAGCAAGCAAUAGAGACGCUCGGUAUCAGUACAAUGUCAAUGGACGUGUUUGCAAGAACUUCAAUUACGCAGCGACAAGUCAAGGAUGCGUUUCGAAUUCAAGCACUUCAAUGGCAUCCAGAUUGCAAUCCCGAUCCAAAAGCUAAACUUGUUUUCAACGAGAUUCUAGCGGCCUAUGAACUGCUUUUGGCUCAUGCUUGUUAA